AGUUGGAGAAAGCCGUCGGUUUCUUGUUUUGAAAUUUCCAUGGAGAUCUGAAAGUUUCAAUUUUUCGGAUCGAUUUUAUCGUUAUCAUAGUCCGAUCAUCGUUCCUUUUUAAGGGUUAAUCCUAAAUCGUUCAUCUGGUUAGUUAAAGAGGUUUACCGAAAGCAAAAUACUUUCUUACUCUUUGUAUGGAGUAAGAAUGCCAGAGUUAAGAAGUGGAGCACGUAGAUUGAGACAACCUAGCCCUCAGGUAACUGGUCAGGCGGAUAAUAUUGAACUUCCUCCUCAGCCUGUAACAAGGAGAAGAGGCGGUGGUGGUAGAGGAAGGGGAAACGCUGCUGCUAAAGGUGCUGCACCUCCAAGACCCACUGGUGGUGCCGGUAGGGGUCGAGGCAUCAGGUUAAUAGAUUUAGAGGCAGAACCUUGUGAGGUUCGUCCAGCAGUAGGUGAACCUGCUUUAAAUCAAGUUGCAGGGGUAGCUGAGAAGGAUAUUGCUAUGGAAGGUGGUAGCGCAGAGAAGAUAGUUGGUGUGGAAGAAGAUUCUAGCACAGCUCCAGUCCCUGAAAGGGUACAAGUUGGAAAUUCUCCUGUAUAUAAGACUGAGAGGAAACUCGGUAAAGGAGGCUUUGGUCAAGUUUUUGUUGGUAGAAGGGUGAGUGGUGGCAGCGAUAGGAUUGGUGCCGAUGCAAUUGAGGUGGCCCUGAAAUUUGAACAUCGAAAUAGCAAAGGCUGCAAUUUUGGUCCACCUUACGAGUGGCAAGUGUACAAUACUCUCAAUGGUUGCUAUGGAGUUCCUGCUGUACAUCAUAAGGGUCGUCAAGGAGAUUUUUACAUUCUCGUCAUGGACAUGCUUGGUCCAAGUCUCUGGGAUGUUUGGAAUUCUUCGGGGCAAUCGAUGUCUCCAAACAUGGUAGCCUGCAUUGCAGUUGAGUCCAUAUCUAUUCUUGAGAAACUUCAUUUGAAAGGGUUUGUCCACGGAGAUGUGAAGCCGGAAAACUUUUUACUCGGUCAACCGGGAACAGCAGAUGAGAAAAAACUCUACCUUAUCGAUCUUGGUCUGGCAUCAAAAUGGAAAGAGUCAGGCCUGCAUGUUGAAUAUGAUCAAAGACCUGAUGUGUUCAGGGGAACGAUAAGGUAUGCAAGUGUUCAUGCGCAUCUAGGUCGAACUGGAAGUAGGAGAGAUGAUCUGGAGUCGUUGGCUUAUACUUUAGUUUUUCUCUUGAAGGGAAGAUUGCCAUGGCAAGGAUAUCAGGGUGACAACAAGAGCUUUCUUGUUUGCAAGAAAAAGAUGUCAACUUCUCCUGAAUUGAUGUGCUGUUUUUGUCCACCCCCAUUUAAGUUAUUCCUCGAGGCAGUUACUAAUAUGAAGUUUGACGAAGAUCCCAACUAUGCAAAGCUUAUUUCGAUUUUUGAUUCUCUUAUUGAACCGUGUGCACUAUCUAGACCAAUUAGAAUUGAUGGGGCUCUUAAGGUUGGGCAAAAACGAGGAAGAUUGCUUCUUAAUGUGGAAGAGGAUGAACAGCCAAAGAAGAAAAUCAGAAUUGGCAGUCCUGCUUGUCAGUGGAUCUCAGUCUAUAAUGCUCGUCGUCCCAUGAAACAGAGAUAUCACUACAACGUUGCAGACUCAAGGCUGCACCAGCAUGUACAGAAGGGUAAUGAAGAUGGCCUUUUAAUUAGCUGUGUAGCAUCAGCAGCUAAUCUCUGGGCCCUCAUAAUGGAUGCCGGGACUGGAUUCAACUCUCAAGUUUAUGAAUUGUCAGCGGUCUUCCUUCACAAGGACUGGAUUAUGGAACAAUGGGAAAAGAACUACUAUAUCAGUUCCAUAGCUGGUGCAGAUAACGGGAGCUCAUUAGUUGUUAUGUCAAAAGGAACGUCUUAUACUCAGCAAUCUUACAAAGUCAGCGACUCAUUUCCUUACAAGUGGAUAAAUAAGAAAUGGAAAGAAGAUUUUCAUGUGACCUCCAUGACAACUGCUGGGAAUCGUUGGGGUGUGGUAAUGUCGAGGAAUUCUGGCUUCUCUGAUCAGGUUGUGGAGCUCGACUUUUUGUACCCAAGCGAUGGAAUACAUAGGAGGUGGGAAAGUGGGUAUAGGAUAACAUCAAUGGCAGCAACUGCAGAUCAAGCAGCUUUCAUAUUAAGCGUACCAAAACGUAAAAUGAUGGAUGAAACUCAAGAGACUCUUCGCACCACCGCCUUUCCAAGCACUCAUGUCAAGGAGAAAUGGGCUAAAAAUCUGUACAUUGCAUCAAUAUGCUUUGGGAGGACAGUUUGCUGAGGUACUUAGCAUCAUAUGUGCUGUUACAAAGCCAAAAAGACAAUUGGAGGAUAAGGAUCAUAAUACGAUAAAAAAGGUGAAAACCAGACGCAACCUGUUUGUUAAAUGUAAUGAAAUGGAUGCGUCUUCGUAUGUAUGUAGAAGUAUGAAAAGAUAGAAAUGAUGGUAACAGAGAAUUUGGAUUAGUAAUAGAAAGUUUUGAGGGCUUUUUAAGCCUUCAAGUGUGCUUUUUUUUUGGUUAUCAUUUGUGUUGUUUGAUGCGUCUCUAAAGUUGUCUUUUUCUUUGAAGUGUCUAAUAAUGAAAUGUGAGCAAG